CCCCGAGAGGAUCAUGGGAAAUGUGUUUUGCCCCUGAAACGGAGGGAGUUUCGAAUUAUUAUUUUUUAAAUAGUUACCUGCGAUUACUCAUGAUCAUACAUCGGUGAGUCGACCAAUCCAGUAACGCGACGUUCACGCGAAAACGCGUCAGUACGCCAAAUAUGUUCGAAAUAUCCGCGCUUCCUUUUCUCCGUACAAUUAGCUAGGUGGCUAAUGCUAUCUGCGCGGCGGCGCCAGAGGCGACAAAAGAAAUGAGACGAGCGUUUUUUUUUUUUUUUAAGUUAUAAAUUGUGUAAAAACUAGUGUCACAAGAUGUUCACAACGUGGCCGAAGUCCCCCGAAUGGCUCAGCGAGGAUGUCAGUAACCAUGAAGAAGAAGAGGGUGUUUCAUCCCGACCUGGGUGGCCCUCUGUUGAAUAUUCAAAGGAGGAACGUCAAUGAGCUUUUCCUGCUAGCAUCGUUAAACACUAACGGUGUCGCGUUGGCAGCAUGGAGCUGAAGCUAGAUGUCAUCUUGACCUCCAGCAUCAAACGAAAGAAGCCAUGGUCACGAUUCUGCUGGCUUGGACAGGAGAAGGAGUGUGUCUUCCUGGUCGACGACAAACGGAUCAGCGAGAUCAACAUGGUGUCCGGUCGCACCAAGAAGAAGACACCCAAACUCCAUCCUUUUCUCAACAAUGUGGUGACGAUGGCUCCAUCGCACAACGGGAUUUGGUUCUGUGGACUUUUAGCCUCAGGGGAGCUCUUUUUAUGGAACAGGGACAAAGACAUGUUAAAGACCGUAGCAGCUGUCCCUGAAGUUGUUCAGAUGAUUACUGCUGUUCAAGGAAAUGCCGCACGGCUGUCCGUCCACGCGUCAGGUGACGGGGCGCGCGUGCUGUUGGUCACCAAACUGGGGAAAGUGUUCCUGUGGGAAUGUACGGACAUCGAGGAUUUAACUUUGGCGCGUGACGGCUUGGUAAAGGGACGCUGGGCGCAAAUACAGUCGCCGCAAGAUAAUCCUCUGCCCGCUUUGAAGGACAAAGAGGCAUCACAGUGCAGCGUCUUUGUGAAGAGCCAGGCUACGGGUGAUGUAUGCUUAUCGGCAUUUGUAUUCACAUCUGGGAAGAAGCUAAUCAUUACCUGCCUUAAAGUUCAGUGGAUGGAAGACCAUUUGAGUUUUGGGUCCUUGGGAUACAGCAUACAGUGGGCCACGAAGACAUACCCCAUGUCGCGUCUCACCCCGCCCUGCCAAGCAGUCAAGUCCAGAGGGGCGUUGGUGAGCGACUUUUCUCCUGACGGACAACUGCUAGCCGUCGCCCUGAACCAGCGGCAGCCCAAAGCGACACAGGUUCUAUUUGUGAGCACACAGAAUUUUGUCUCCGUGUCAAGCGGCCUUGGAAGAUGCGGGUGUAAAACAGAGCAGAUUCCUUCUAAAUACACAAGGUCAUAUUGGGUAGGCAGUCUAAGCUGGUCACAUGACAGCCUUUUCCUGGCCUGUGUUCUGAAGAGAGGCGCCCUUCUGGUCCUGGCUCGUCUCGGCGGGCUCCUCACGCUAAACAGCUCUGGUUGCAAGAUCGACUUUGGACCUGCACACUUCCUUCCCCUUCACCCACUGGUCACUUACCGACCACCAGCUGGAAGAGCGGAGGCCCAUCUGUCCAGCUCCAGCGUGUCGGCGCGGGACGCCAUGAGGCAGCGCUAUUCCGUCACGUGGCACCCGCGCCUCCUGUACUGCAUCGUGUCUGACGGUUACAUGGCCACCGUGCUGAGGGUCCUCGACAGGCCUUCUCCCGCCAUGCUGGUGAAAACUCUGUUGGACAACACCAGUAAGGAGCUUCAGAAGGCUUGCCAGAUACUGGAGCGGUCGCAGAUGUACGUGAGGACCCCUAUGGAGUCGUACCUCAACCUGGACGCCAAGUCGUUUGCAGCAAGUGGGCCUCACCCUGCAGACUCCAUCACAUCUGCAGCCAUUCAUGAGUCCCCCUUGCCUCUCUUUCUGCAGGACCAGAGCACCUUCAGUGGCACCAAGGAGAUGUUCAAAAGAAUCCAGUCCUUCUUUGAGGACGACUCCGACGUAGACGGCCCUCCUCCUGGAUCGCAGCUGGUGGACAGCGGACACUUGGAUUUUGCCUCCAUGUUUGACACUCUUCACGCUUUGGACACACAGACAGACCUAAACCAAGAUCACGAAGAGGACUUUGAGAGGAAUGUGCGUCGUCUUCACCGGGAACUCGGCAAGAUCCAGAACGGGCUGUUGACGGCGUGGGCUCUCUGCUUAUCUCUGGGAGCCGCAGUGGAAAACCAAGCUCACUUGCUCGAGUACACCGUCUUACGGGUGGCACAGCUUGCCGCUUUGUUCCACUCGAUGCCAAGAGGUGUUGCCCACUCUGGAAAAAGGGGCCACUCCAGUUCUGCUUGCAUCCUGGAGCUUCUGAAAACACUUUUCUCAUUCCUUCCGUGGGAUAACGCUCACUUGGACGGGCUUCCUGGCCUGGGGCUGGCGGUGGAGCUCAGUAAGCGGCUGGUCCACCUGCUGCUGGCACCUCCGACAGAGUCCUGCCCAUCAGGUUAUGUAGACAGACUAUCCGGAGCUGUGCUCAUCCUCCAGCUGGCCUCCGAUGCCCUCGACUGCGCCUACAGCCUUCAGCGGAGAACCAUCUGGUCCUCAUUGGAGAAGGACUCUCAACUCUCGGCUUCAGAUGUCCACCAUGUGCCACUGCUGCGGGAUUAUGAGGGGAACCAGUCAGGCUUUGUUCAUCGGGAUCUGCCAAUACCCCAGCGACCAUCUAGCAGACUAUUUGGAGUGUGGCAGUGGGUCUACAAGGUUAGCCAGAAGUACCAGGAAGACAUGCGAGGCCUUCAGGAGGACAUUGACUGGGAGGAAGGAGACGAGGAGCACUUGUCAGUCAUCAUGUCGGAGAUCCAAGCAGCUCUGCAAGCGACCGGACAGAAACUCGAAGAGGGUUCUGCACUGCUGAGUCACACAGGAAUCACCUCCUCAGGUGAAGAACUAUUCCUGUGUGGCUUGUACCAAAACAGCGCUGAGACGUGGCGGACCGAAAUUUGGGAAGAGAGUAAAAAAAUAGGUUGUCGUCGUAGCGCCUUCCAGGAGACAAGACUUUGUCUGGCUCUUCUCUACAGUUUGUUGUCCCAGUACCAUUUGAGGGAAGCCAUGGAGUUGGGAGAACACGUGGCCCACUUGGCGCUGCACAAUGCUGGAUACCAUAAUAACCACAUGACUUGUACAUCAGCCGGCCCUCUUCUGCCGAUGAACCUUCACAACGACGCAGUCAUUGCCGUCAUUCAGACUCUGGCGAGGUUCAUGGCUUCCUAUUUUACAAAUCAGCCGCUCAACAUACUGCCUGCCCACCACGUGGCCGUCCUGCCUCCGUUACAUCUACCUCACGGGCCGAGCGUGGGGCGCUUGGUGCCGCUGUGCCAGGAGGCGGCGGCUCGAGCGGUUCGCCAGCAGAACAUCUCGGAGAAGUGGACCGUGGACUACGCCCUGGACCUACUCCUGCUCGGGGGUCUGCUCCCCGAGACGGUGUGGCUGGCGUCCAAACUCGGGGACUGGAAGACGGGAGCCUCCGUCAGCCUCGCUUACAUGUACUACUGCGCCGGCCAAUUGGACUUCACUCAGCUCAGCAAACGAGAACUUCACAUUCCCAAAACUUUACUCCCUGAAAGCAUUUUUCAAGCCGAGUUGCAGUGUCUUCUGGACGACGACGCUGGAGAGCACAGUGAUGUCAAUGAUACGGGAUUCACAGACCCUGUGGAAGGACAAGACUUGGAUGCAAUGCAGGGGUCUGCCCAGGAGAUACUAAAGGCAUCGGUUAUUGCUGGUGUGGAUGUUUUAACUUCACCAUUGACUUCCUUACUGGACUCAGCCAAAGACCUGUGCUCAGGUCUUUCUGCUUUGGUGCACAGUGGCCUGUAUUUGCCAUCCCCGCCUCUGUAUUGUCCACAGCCUUCCCCGAAUACACAGGAUCCUGUGGGGACACCAGGACAGCUUGCAGAAGUGGCGACACGCCACAAAGUGUCUGGCGUUCUCCAGAGGAUCCUGCUCCUGCUCAGGUCUGCUCGAUGCUGCCACCCUGCUGCCCAGUGGUACGUCAGCAACCUGCGACGGGCCCGCCAUCUACUACACAAGAUCAAGACGAAGUAUGGCUACACAUCAUUCCCCAAAGAGGAAAAGGCUCUCCCAGAGGACCUGUUGAAGUUUGUCUGCCACGGUGGAUUCUUCAGACGGGGCCACAGCAAAGAUUCCAUUCAAACUAUUAUCUGUUUCAGGGAGCUGUGUGGUUUAUGCUGGAUGCUUCAUGUCAGGGAUCAGCUUUCUGUUGCCUGCAGGAGGUAUCAGGCUGCCAGAAUGCAACAGGACGUUGACAAUUCACAAGUGCAUUCAUCCUGCCUGGAUGCUCUUCUCUGGGCCCAUCGCUAUUUGCCUUUCUGUCACUUCCUGAACGCUGAGGAAAUCCUGCAGGACCUCCUGCUCAGCCUGCUGGCCGAAUUGCCACCCCUCGCUUUGGUGGCAGACACGCUGGUCCUUGCCUUCCCAGCGAAAGAAGAGUCUGUCAGAGUCUCCCUGAGGGAGAAGUAUAAGUCACUGCUGCAGAGCUUGAGGCAAUGCAGCGUUUUUGAUGAAGACAAACAGGCGGUCGGUAAGCCCAUGAAGGGUCUGAUCCGAGACAAACUCAGACAGAGGAAAAAGCACCUGGGCCGCUUGCAGAGGCACCUUGCCCCCCCGGAGCUCCGGCUGUGGGAGAAAGAUGAGGACAAGGAAGCCGAACACGGGGCGGCCACUACGAGGCCACGCUCACCGGUCACGAGCGUGAGCGCCAGCACGUUGACCGACUGUGGAGAAAGCGCACAGGAAACAUCUGAGGGUGUCUCACUUGACCCUCGCAACUCAUCCAUACCCAGGGAGGUGAAAACAAAUGCAAAGAGGACUGCUGUUCCGACUAAGAGGGCGCCUGAGGAUGUUGCGCUACCUUCCCUUCCAGUCAUUGGCACCUGGGAGUUUGAGCUGGAGGAUGGCGAAUAUCUCACCUUCCUCGAGCUCUUUCUCAGCUACAUGCUGGAGAAGGACAACGGCGACAGGGCCGAGCCUCCCUUGCUCAAGUCCUUUUGCUCCGCUCUGCGCGACAGGGAGCUGCACUCGCUCACCUUCGACGUGCUCACCACGAUGCACCGUCGCCAAAAAGACGGCCAGCACCCGACCAGGAAGCACAGUGGCGACGAGCUGCCGGUGUUCCGAGCCGGAUGCUGCCGCAGGCCGGCGAAGCACGGUACGAGCCCCGAGUCGCAAACUUCAGCGGCCUGGAACGACGCUUCUGAAUCCAGAAGCAACCUCUCUGCGUUUGCACUGCCUGAGCUUGGGACAGGGGGACAAAUGGGUUUGUUUAGCCUCCGACAUCAGAAGGGAGGCUCCCGUUCAGACGGAAAUCAAAGCGUCUUGGCGAUGGGCUCUUCGACCACCGCGGAAACCGGUGUCGAUCUUCAACAGGUCCUGGAUUCUAAAUUAGAGGACCAGUUCCCGGUGCUGGGCAGGCUCCUGGAGUGGAUGUUGCGCUGGGCCGAGAAGAGGGUGCUUCUUGGGCAUAGCGGCAAGAAGAAGAAACCGAAGGGAGAAGGAAAGGCCGAAGACGGGAUAGUCAUCCGCGUCAAAACCUCUACGCCGGCGGUGCUCACAUCGCUGAGCCUUCUGGAGCGCAGGUUCAUUCAUCUACUUCAGCCGUGCUGCCCGGAAGCACGAUGGACGGUCGCCCCGGUGCUGCAACCCGAGGUGGACACGAGACCGGAGCGAGAGAGUAGCGUUGAUACCGGCUACCCCGGAUCAGCUAACACUCCCGUUGCUGGUCAGGAUCACAACAUACAGCAUGGAGAAGAGUCUAUUUGUUCUCACACAGAUGAACCAGAGGAACUCAAGUCUCAGAGGACGCCUCUCCCCGAUAACCCAGACGAACUCGACUUGAGCGCCCCGAUCCCAAGCUCCGCCGCGUCACAGCGACUGGAUUUUGAUGAUUUGGAUGUCACGCCGGAAAAAGAAGGCAAAAGCAGCGGCGACCGUUCCGAACAAUCAUCCCCUCUCUCCAGUGGGAUCACGUCUGAAAACCUUUGCUCGCCACAAGCGGUCAAUCUCAGCCCUUUACUGUCGCUCUUCUCAUUGCAUUACGAGUUUCACAUGUCACCAAAUGUCCGCGUUGUAUUUUUUCAGAGCUUAAAGCGUGGAGAACUGAUCGAGGCAUCCUGCUCCACAUCCCUCCUCAGUCGGGCCGGAAGCCAUCAAGCGACCCGGGCGCCGAGUACUUCAAUUCCCCAACUUCCCUCGUCCGUUCAGCCUCAGGCGUACCCCAACACGCCGUUAGACCAUCCAGGUUCUCUGCCCGCACCUGCUCAGGAUCCUUUUGGCCCCGGUCCAUCGUCCACCCCUGAGGCUCCGCCAACGAGGCAGCGUCUGGGCGAAGAUCUGUACCGACUGGUCCAGAACAUCAACUAUAUGAGCCUGAUGGAUGUUUUGGGGGCUUCAUUUUCCAGUCUGCAACUCGCCCAGCAGAAUUCCUAUUUAGCUCAAUCCAACGUGAACCCCUUUCGGCCUUAUGUGCCUUCGUCUUACACGACCAACGUGCCGCCUGAACAAAAUCCCCAACCUGCGCACACCCCUGCAGUGUCUCAAUCACAAAUACAUGUGCCAAAUCCACGACCGAACAACCCGCGAUCUAUUCCGGCAUCUGCACCCAUGUACGCCUACCAGACUCCCAUACACAGCGCACGCGAACCUGAUCAUGUCAGCCAUCUUCCCUGCGCUACUAAUGACGGAGGAGGAAGCUACCAGGAAUUUCGACCUCUUUCUGUGGAAGCGCAGUCAACAGACAUUCACUUUAAGGAAAGCGCGAGGUUAAUCCCGUCCACCCAAGGGCUUCUGAUCACCUCGAACACAAAUACAAUAGCGCCCUCUAUUGGUAAUAUCAAUACAGACCCGUCCUCUCAAACCGGGGGCCUCAAGUUGCUGCACCUGCACGGUGGCAGGAAGAGAGACACGAAAAGGACGAGAGGCUCAUCUUCGGCCCCGAAAAGACUCCUUCGAUUCAGUCGGAGCAGUCCCACGGAGUCCCCGGCGAGGAGCUCUCGUCGCCAGAAUCCCACGUCCGAGGCGCCACGCGGCCUUCGUCUGCUGCACUUGCUGCCUGGAGCACAAGGACACGUCGACCUCCCCAGACUACCCUCGCAACCUCCUCCUCCCAAGCCAUUUUUUGUCCCAGCAGCGCCACUGGGGCAAACUCCCAAACUCCAGCUUCUACGGAUAGACCCCAAACCGAGAAGGAUGUCCACCCCGGCACCGAGCUCGUCCCAAAAGGCUCGCCUCAUCUCCCUGGAGGAGUUGGCAGGUUUAGUGGCGGUCAGGCGCAACUCGGAGCAGGCUCGGCUGCAGCUCCUCCGGGUCAACGACUGUGUCGAAACGCACCGAGGCGCCGCCGCGCCUUCUUCCGGCUGCGGCAAAAGGCAGAAGAGGAGAGAGAGGACACUGAGGGUAAAUCUGCCUAAUGAGAUCAUCAUCACCACACAACAGCCAAAAGAGGACCCGGAGGAAAUCGCCCCUACACGGGAUUGCGCCAUUCAACGUGGCGCCAAUCCAAGUCCCUCAGGAUCCAGUCGCUCUGUGUCGACUGGUCGGACGUUAUUAGACAAGGCGAGAGCGACUUCGGCCGAGCUCCACGCGUUCGCCUCCACGUGUAAAAGACCCCCAGAGUGCCUCGACGCUUUCACCAACACGGAGCCAAAGUGUUCUCCCGUGCUUGUGGACAAAGCAGUGUCCCCUCAAGCCACACUGUCAGCCACCACUAGUACAGGCAAGUCGAAAGAACACACUUUCGAAAACGUGUACGGAGACAAACCCUCUCAAGACACAGAUGACAUCCCGCCAAUACAAGAACAGAGGAAUUUGGAUCAGCGUGGCCGCAACUUCCUGAGUGUCCUGGACAUCGAAGAGGGGACGCAGCAUCGGGAUUUGCCUCCUGCCAGCUCCGGAACGAAAGACGCUUCUUCCGUCCCUCCCGUACUCACGCCCGCUCAGCUUCACAUGCUCGCCGCUUCCAUCGUUAAGAGUGCUCACCCUGCCGAUGAGAAAACCCCCAAAGCCGUCACUCGAACAGAUUCCUGCGAGGGCGCCGCUGAGCCCAACGGGGAACCAGAGAGAGUCUACUCUGAGGAUCUACCGGACUCCGAGCUUUGUAAAGCCAACAGGACGAGAAGAAGAGAGAGACCUCACAACUUGGAACCAGAGCGAUUCUACUCCGAGGAACUACCUGACUCUGAGCUCAGUCCAGCCAUGACGACACCAAGAAGAGCAUUACCUCGCGACAGGGAACCAGAGAAAAUCUCUCCGGGUUACAAUGAAGAUUCAACUGGCCCGGAGCUUUCGAAAGCCAUCAAGACCCCAAGAAUAGACGGGCUUCGCGAUCUUCCGUCCGAAACCGCCGCAGUCUGGUUCUCGUCGCACAUUAGCAAGCUGGAUUCACAGCUGGCUGCGUUGCAGAACAUCGCCGACUGUCUGGAGAAGGACCUUCCCCAGUCCAGAUUGGCAAAGGAGCCACGGCAAGUCAUACCAGCCUCGCCUCCGAAUUUGAAGCCUGCAGUAAGAAAAACAGUAAGACUGUCUCUCCCAGCGCAAGAGCUUAAGACACAGCCGAAACACACUUACAGCAGUGUGAGAAAGAACACUCUUGAAACCGGAGCCCCACAGCCUCAAUCUCGGGCUGCGCCAGAACCUGACAUCUGCAAGGUGGAAGAAGAGAUCGAGGAAGAAGAAGACAUGUUUCGCAACGACUCCCACCGCCCCGACAAAAAGCCGUCGGCUCGCCGUCCGCCGUCUUCCCCUCAGCUUCGUCACGGCCAACACAGCCUUCCAAACCAUCUGUUGACCGGAACAUUGGAAACAUUUGACGAGACCGCUGAUGAGAGUCUGGACCAGACGGGGCUUUCCGAUACAGCUGAGAUCCUGGAAGGUUUAGUGCGAGAAGGUUAUAUAUCCCAAACUGAUCUGGAUGCGUCUUUAUCAAACACGCUCGACGACAGGACGGAGGAGCAAGAGCCGAGUCGGCAGAUUUCCCCGAGGCGCGCCCUUCCCGACGAGGACGACGACAGACGGGAGCUGAAGAUCUGGAUGAGACACAAGCACAGAGAGAGACACUCGGCGUAUCAAAAACAGAAAGCCAGCCUGCGCGAGAAGGAGAUCAAACCUUUUUCCAGAACAUCGAAAUCCACCAGCCAAGUGACCAGCAGGAGAAACACGCAGGAAAAGCAGAAGGCCAUGCUUUUGAAACAAUUCAACCAGAGGCUCCACGACGCCACCUUGUUGGCAGAUCAACUUCGCACCAGCCCCUUUUCCGGCUCUCGUAUUUUAGUCAUUGAUGCUCCCGCCGUAAGGUCCUCCUCCGCUCCGCCCACCGCUGGCAAUCGCAGCAAAGAGAAAAGUCUGACGCGUCCCUCAGGCCAAACGCAUGCCCAACGUCGUCCUUGGACUGCCGAAGCGCCUGGAAGACCUUCAGAGGACAGCCGGAGGACCGAACGACCGCGAAGACCAGGGGCCUCUCUGUCGAGGGGUGUCAAUCUGCCUGAACUGAUGGACGAGCGGGACGACGGCGCCGAAGCGGGCGUGGCCGGUAUGGACUGGCUGGACAAACUGACGGAGAGCGGAGGGCGUCUCAGCGAGGUUGACUGGGCGGCCAUCGAGAGGAUGGCGGCCGCUGAGGAGAACGUCUGAACGGCCGCGCCUCAGGCAAAAAUGAACAGUCAAGGGAAUUUAUGUUCCUUUUCAAAUACAGUGGUACCUUGACUUACGAGUACCUGAAGUUUUUUUCUGAGAUACGAGCCGUCGGUCGGCCGAAUCUUUUGCUUUGACUUGAGAUACGAGCGAUGUGUGGUGGCACUGAACUCAACUCGCUUCGCAAUAAGCAGCACUUUGGCAAACGGUGAACAAGUCUUCAAAAAAGAGGCUUCAAGCUGUUUAUUGCCACUUCCAGUUGAAGUUUACUAUCAAACUAAACAUGAAACGAAAAUUGCACCAUUUAUAUUUAAAACAACCAUAUAGCUUAGCCUUUCAGUCGGCUAGCUUAAUGCUAACACUAUCAUCUAUGUCGCGGCGCUAUAAAAAUCGAUAAGCAACGGAUUGAACACAAAUGGUGCAAAUGUAGAAAGACUGUCACAGUACUCAUGGUCAUAUGUUCUUUAUCCUCUGCGAAGAACGACAAAUAUUAGUGCAGCACCGAUGAGCUGAAUUUAUUAAGUCAGAGCUAUUUAUUUUUCAAUUUUUUGUGUUUGUUAAACAAUAGUUAUUGUCCAUAAAAUAUUUUCCCUGAUAUUUUUGGUUGUCAGGAACGAAUUAAUUGGAUUCACAUGUUUUCCUAUGGGAAAUAUUGUUUCAGUUUUUGUGUGAUUCGGUUUUAGACUUUUCUUGAAAGGAAUAAUCCCGAAAACAGAGCUUCCGCUGUAUACUAAAGUAGAGGGAGUCAAUAAAGGCAACAACACUAUUAUUUUAUUAUUUGAUUUUAUUUAAAUUAAAAUAAUUUUUAAGCUGCAGAAAGUGAAGUGGAAAAAUGUAAUUAAUUUAUUAACAUUCUGUUUAUGUUAUUACAGUAUGUUUAUCUUACAGUCCAAUACUGUGUGCAUUGCUAUUUUUCUCAAUAGAAAAACGUGUUUCUGCUUGAUUUUUUUUCUACUUUCUCACUUUUGUACGCACCGUCACAA